AUGGAUCAGACAAAGCCCCUGACUGACCAUAGGGCAGAGCUGCCUGGACGGCCAACCAGGUACACACACAGCCUCAUCCACUGUGUCUCCUCAGGCCAGCCCCUCGGUGAGGCCCUCACGGCUGCCUCCCGUUGUCCCCAGCAGCUGAGAGGUGAAGAGACUCUGGCACUUGCCACGGCUGACAAGAAACCCAAGCAAGGAGUCAAGACUGAGAACAAUGAUCAAAUUCAUGUGGAAGUGGUGGGACAGGAUAGUUCUGUGGUGCAGUUCAAAAUUAAGAGGCGUACACCACUUAGUAAACUAAUGAAAGCUUAUUGUGAAUGACAGGAUAUGGAAGAUGAAGAUACAACUGACGUGUUCCAGCAGCAGACAGGAGGUUUCUUCUAA